CUACCUUCUACAUUACAUGGGCGGCCCUACGUACGACGUAUUAUGCAACAAGCUGCAAAACGCCGAUCCCUACACGAAGUCAUUCGACGAAAUCGUUGCACUCCUGAGAAAUCACUUCAACCCUGCACCGCUAGAAAUCCUAGAAAACUUCAAGUUUACUAGCCGUAAGCAAUUGGAGAACGAAUCAUUGAGCGAAUACUUAAUGGAGUUAGAGAAGCUGGCUAAAAGCUGCAAUUUUGAUUCGUACUUAGACAAAGCGCUGAGAAAUCAAUUUGUCUUUGGCAUUCGGAAUCGUGGAAUACAGUCACGAUUGCUGGAAGUACGCGAUCUUACACUAUCCAAAGCCAAGGACAUUGCGUUUGGAAUGGAAAUGUCAUUGCGUGGGACCGAAGAAAUGCAUGGAACCAGCCCGAGAUGUGAAGUGCAACAAGUUACGGCCAAUACAAAGAAAAUAUCAUCGACAAACAACGGUCAACAGCGAAAGUGCUACAGAUGCGGCGAUACAAAUCACAUGGCUAAUAGAUGCCAGCACAAGCAAACGGUUUGCAGCGCUUGUGGGAAAAGAGGACAUCUACAAAAAGUGUGUUUGUCUCGCCACAACAACAGGCGUCAGGAGAACACACAUUAUUUGGAGGAAAACGACCCAAAGGAUGUUCUUCAUGUGAGCACGGUCCAGAAUCAUGCUGGUAAGUUUUUGUUGAAUCUGAGGGUCAAUCAAGGUGUACUAACAUUCGAGGUCGACACUGGAUCGCCGGUAUCAUUGAUAAACAUAAAGGACAAACAAAAACAUCUCAAAGACAUAGAAAUUUUGCAAACGGACUUAAGACUAGUAAGCUAUUCGGACAAUGACAUAGGUGUGUUGGGAAAAUUAUUGGUCACAGUAGUGGUAGAGGGAAGAAAACUCGUAUUGCCACUGUAUGUAACGAAGUCCAACAAACACCCCUUGCUGGGACGUGAUUGGUUACGUGCAUUAAAUUUAGAUUUUAAUCGCAUUUUCAAAUCUGGCACACACACUGUUUCAUACUGCGAUAGGGAUGAUGAAUGCAAGUACAGUGCAUUAAAUGCCUUACUUCAGAAAUAUCCAUCAGUAUUCAGUAAGGAAAUUGGAAAAGUAAAAGGAAUUCAAGCUUCACUAACAGUACGGGAACAUACAAAACCUGUGUAUAUUAAAGCAAGACAGGUGCCGUUUGCGCUUCGUGAUGCAGUUGAUAAAGAAAUUAAUCAAUUUGUAAAUGAUGGUGUAUGGGAGCGCGUAGACCAUUCUGAGUGGGCGACUCCUGUCGUUGUGGUAAAAAAAAGCUGGUGGUAAGGUACGG